AUGCCGGCACACUGCAUGGACCCCACCACGAGUGGCUGUGAUGGCAAUGUGGCUGUGGAACCGAACACGUACGGUGGUGUGAGUGCCAACGGUCGCCACACGGCGGGGUGUCACCGCCAUGACGCGACGAAGGCGAGUAGGAAAGAGACGCAUUGUACUGCUUCUUUUAUUUCUCAUACGUCAGAGCGGCCAAAGACGGGGAUGCAUGAGGCGCGAGUGAGGUCUGGCGAAGACAGUUCUGCAGCACUGGUGUCUCCACAACCGCAGCCGCGUCCCUUUUCGAAGCCUAUCAUGACCACGCAUGGCGCCAUGAACUCAAAUGGAAGAGGAAACCACGGUGUUGUGGAGAAGAACGGGACGCGGAGUCGCACGUAUCCGCUGCAUCGAACAUUGAGCCUGCAGCAGAGACGGAAGAAUUCAGCCGCCACAUUAGAGGAGCGGGAGAAUUGUCAUGACGACACAACCCACAGUAGUUCAUGGAAACGGAGACCCAUGCUGACACCAACAAGGCGCCUUUAUAGGAGUGCAACGACGCUGGUAACUGCCCUGCAUAGCAGUUACACGGCAGGGAAUGAGUCCCAAUCGUGGCAACACACGCAUCGUCGAGUACACUCCUUCACCUUCAAUACGGCUCCCUCUAUGCAUCAUAUGAAAGCUACCGUAGAUUCCUCGCCUGGGAAGAAUGGAAGACAGUCACGGAGACAACACGAAUUAGUUUGUUUGCCGCAUCGACAGAGCAACGAAACGUUAGUUCGUCACGCAACUCCCAUGACGAGAACUGCCACGGCACUCUCCCCAUUAUCCAAAAAGGCUGCACUUCGGCCUAAGCCAGAUGCAAGGAAUAUGAAUACCACCAAGAAACAAACAAAUCAUGACUCACCGGAUAAGAUGAGCCGGGUGUUGUUGCGGCCCCCUUCACUCAAGCCAACUUCACAUGGAGGCUCUACGACGGCAUCGGGCGGGAACACGGCGUCGUUGCAGCCGUGGUAUGCGCGUCCCACUCGAAGUUCAGCACACUCCUUUACCACCACACAACCUCGUGAACGAUCCGUGGCGACGAAAGCAUCAUCCACCCUUACAGGAAAGAUAGAACCGGCUGUCAGGAUGGCCUCCGCACCGUGUUUUCCAAAAUCCACGAAGGCGACGCGUCGAACACACAGCAGUGACUCCCUCUUGGGAAAUCAGAAGCGCACAUUUUCGUCCUUUUUGAACAUUGCCAGUGAUUCAAUACGUCAGAAAACGGCUGUAAAACCCGCACUGUGGAAGCGGAGUCCUUCUGGCAUUGGUGGUACGAGUAAUGGUAGGGGUAUUAUUGGAGCUUUUUGUAAGGUUUCUGUUCAAAAUAACCGAAAAAAAACAUUAUCCACGCCAAAAUCAAUUUAUAAGCCUGCUGCUGUACGACGAACCGGGGAAGUUUCCGCCAUUCGAGUUUUUGCCUCGCCAUUUUUGAGGUCUGCUUUUCGUGGCAACGACCCCAUGAGGCGUAAUUCGCUCAUUCCCUCGAGUGCACACAAGGAAGAGGACGAGUCACGACGGAAACCGAAUGGAAUUGUGGAUGGGCACGAUGCGUUGAGUAAAAACGGCACUUCGCAGAGUAAACCGGCUCUCAGGGCGGCGUCAAUGACGAUACGUGCAACGAAUAGUACGCUCUGUAAAGAGGCAUUCACGCGAGAGAAGGAGCGUCAACAGAUUAGGCAGAAACAUGAACAAUUGGCAGCAGAAGUGCGGCAUUUGCCACGGGCGUUGUGGUUGGCGACGCGGCGGGAACUGGGGCGUUUGGCGGAGAUCCGUUCAAAGCGCACCAGCGGCGUUGUGGUGGAUGGUGACGUCAUGACACCCCGUACGCCAACGAUGCAUGUCUUUGAUGACUCUCAUGGCGACAAGGAGGGGAAUGCGAGAGAGAUGCAGCGGCAGCGGCAUGAUGCCUCGAAGGCCGCAGUCGGAACGCAGCAGCCCAAUUGUUUAGAAGUUCCCACAGAGAGAGGCAAGCAAUUUCAAGACCAUAUGUGUGGCAUGCAUUUAAAUCAUGAGAUGAGGGGAAAUGGGCUUAACUCGCCAUACCGUGGACCGAUGCGACUUGCCUCUGGAAGGCAACAAGGCACCCACUUUCUAUUCUCUCCGGAUUGCCGCCAACGUUUCACCGCCGGGAAUGAUAAUGAUGUGGAGGUGGAACACAAGGGGGAGGUGUUGUUAUCAUCGACUCUGAUGCUUCGAGGAGAUGUAGAAGGAAGAGAAGGCGACGGUGACAACAAUCAUUGCCGUCAAUGCCGCAAUGGUGGUGGUGGUGGUGGUUGUGGUAGGGGAAAUGACAACAACAACAGGAGCGGGGAGGGAGGGAUGCUGAUGGAGAGCAGUAGUCAUGGAAGUGAUUGCUCCCCUUCCAUACGACCUCCGAGUGAAAUUUUUGAUUACAUCCCUUCACCACCUUCCGCCUCUGCGCCGCAGCCGCUCAACGGAGACUCGAUCGACUCGGACUUUGACUCCCCCCUCGUCGUACCACCGCCAAAUAAACGCUCACCGUUGCCUGCGACACGCCGUCCACGUGGGCGGGAAAAAAAGACACCUGAGCUAAACUUUCACCGCACACGCAGUUCUCUCCACCUUUCCCACUCCGUGACACCCAACCGGCGGCAACUCCAACAAGACUCUCGAUUCAAUUCCAAUAUGUUGCAUGCAUCGCGAGGGGGUAGUAUCUUACAUGCGUACAACCAAUUAAAAAAGAAUACUAAAGCUGUUGGUCGCAGUAUGAGAGGGGAUGGGACAGUGGUACUUACCUCCGAUAUGCUAGUUGCGUUGUAUGCCACCAUUCAUGGGACAGCGGAAUUAAGCCGUGGCAACAACAUCACACGGUCAUACCGUACACACUCGAUGAACAACACCCGCAGUGACAGUCUUACGGGCCAUUUGGCUCAACGGCGCGGAAGACGCCGUCUCCAGGAUUUCCGCAUGGUGAGAACACUUUCGUAUUCUGAGAACAAGAAGACAAGAGCCGUGGGAGGGAGUUUUUGA